AUGUGGGGAGACGAUCCCCCAGGGAAGAAUGUGGGGAGACGAUCCCCCAGGGAAGAAUGUGGGGAGACGAUCCCCCAGGAAGAAUUGUGGGGACUGGGAAUCACCAGGGAAGAAUGUGGGGACGAUCCCAGGGAAGAAUGUGGGGAGACGAAUCCCCAGGGGAUAAUGUGGGGAGACAAUCCCCCAGGGAAGAAUGGUGGGGGAGACGAUUCCCCAGGAGAAUGUGGGGAGACGAUCCCCCAGGAAGAUGUGGGAGGACGAUCCCCCAAGGGAAGAUGUGGGGAGACGAUCCCCCAGGGCAGAAUGUGGGGAAAGACGAUCCCCCAGGGAAGGAAUGAAUUGGGGAGGGACGAAUCCCCAAGGGAAACGAAAUUGUGGGGAGACGAAUUUCCCCCACAGGGAAGAAAUGUGGGAGACGAAAUCCCCCAGGGAAGAAUGUGGGGAGACGAUCCCCCAGGGAAGAAUGUGGGGAGACAAUCCCCCAGGGAAGAAUGUGGGGAGACGAUCCCCCAGGGAAGAAUGUGGGGAGACGAUCCCCCAGGGAAGAAUGUGGGGAGAGUUGGGGAAGCGAUCCCCCAGGGAAGAAUGGGAGACAUCCCCCAGGGAAGAAUGUGGGGAGACGAAUCCCCCAGGGGAAGUGUGGGGACAUCCCCCAGGGAAGAAUGUGGGGAGACAAUCCCCCAGGGAAGAAUGUGGAGAGACAAUCCCCCAGGGAAGAAUGUGGGGAGACAAUCCCCAAGGCCAACAUACUAG